AUGAUAUGUGAUAUUUUUCAGGAUGACAUAUAUCCUUACAUUUCUUGGACCGGAAAUGGGAAACCAGUAGACGACAUUCACUCUCCUAGAGCUGAUGUAAAAGACUGUCGAGUUGAUGUUCUGGAAGGGCUAAUCAAGGAAGGCUAUGAUUGGAGUACACAUGUAUGGGAGGUAGUUAAACGAGUGGAAACGUCCAUACAUGAGGACGAAAUACAUGAGGAAGAAGAGGAGGCAGAUGUGGAGAUGGAAAAUGGAGAUGGUGAGGAGGCAAAUUCCACACAUUCAGGUUCUACUAGAGGUAAAAAGAGGGCUGUUGAUCAUGGAUUCGAGAAACGGAAGCAGAAGCUGCUUUUUGAGCGCUCAAACCCACCACAGCCUAUUGUUAAUGAUGACUUGAAGAAAUUCCUUCAAAGUGUGAUUGAAGCAUCUGUCACUGCAUUGGGGGAGAAGCUGGAGCAGAAAAUUGAGUCGAGGCUUGAUGCUUUGGAGUGUGAAAUUAGACAACAACUCACGAAUGAUAUCAACCCGGCCCAAGGUAAAACAGAAGCUGCGACAUCCUCAGAACCGGCCAAGACGGAGAAUCUUUUUGACUUCAAUUUUAGUCAAAGUUCAGAGACCAAUAUGAACAUGAAGACUCAAGAGUAUUUGAGUAAUAUAGGAAAAGGAGUAUCACAAGAGUCUCACGUUACUGAUUUUGACACAACACCUCUUUCAAAGGCCCAAAAACCAAAUCCUUGGUGGACUCCUUCUACUUCAUUUCAAGCUAGCAGAGUUGAAAUUCCUAAACAUACAAGUUCUCUUGGUGAGAAUUGGGGAACAAAACGUGGAAGAGAGCUAAAAUUGACGGAUGAUCCAUCAGACCCGAGUAAAUUUGCUGAUUCCCCAUUGACAUUUGUGUCUGACGAGAUCUGGAACCAAUUCAGCGAUUAUUUUUUUUGUUUCAGAAAUCUAAACAUUGGUCCUCAUGUGUUUGAUAUGGUUAUGGCGAAUCGGAUUAUGAAACAAACAGAAUGGCUUAGUAACAAGACAUGA